AUGACCGGACAGAGUGCAGCCCCCUCUUUGCCGGGCCUCUUGGCCAGCCGCAAAUGCUCGCACUUCGAGCGCGCGGCAACUGGCCCCGACUCGAGUCCUGGCAACGCGGCCACGACUCGGAUUGGCCACGAUGGCAGACUCGAGCAGUCGAGCUGUUUGGCCGACCGGUUUUCAACUGAGCGUCCCGCAAAAUUGGUGAAUAAAAACCGACUCACCAAGCAACGGGAGUGGCCUGCUUUGCUAAUGCUGAUGCUGUUGCUGAUAUCGAUGCUGAUGCCGAUUUGCAUCAAUUUAAACUUGCCUUGA